AUGAACUCGACGGACAUUUCUAGUGUAUCACGUGACUUUCCCCCUCACCCACACACCGUGGGUGAAUUCAUCCCCGUGGAGAUAUACGUCACCAACGAACAGCGAAGGAUCGCCGAAAUCGUCGUCGACUUCACCCUCUGUUUCGUCAUCUCCUACAUCGGCAUCGUCACCAACGCCAUCGUCAUCGCCGUAUUUGCCCGGCAAGGUUUCAAAGACAGCGUCGGCGUCUCCAUGACGGUCAUCGGCGUAUGGGAUUUCCUCAAAUGUCUGGGCGGCGCCGCGCAGAGAAUGUCAGGCCCCAUCAGCUUGGUGUCCCCUCUCGCGGCCAAAAGCUGGAUCAACAUCUCCGUAGUCGUGUUCAACUACUUCAUCUCUUUUUCAACCUACGUCGCCAGCGUCCUUGCCGCUUACGUCGCCGUUGAACGCUGCCUUUGCGUGAGCAUCCCUUUUAAAGUGAAACAGAUCAUAACGCCCAAACUCACGUUAACCCUCUGUCUUGUUAUUUCUUUCGUCGUGUUCGGCUGUUUCAUGGUCAUGUUUUUCAUCUACGAUAUCCUGUGGGUGUACAGCGACCAGUACAACGCCACCAUCGCUAUCUACGUCAACAGCGAUUUCUACUACAAGAACACGGGCCCGCUGUUCCAGUACUACAACCUGUCCGGAAUCAUUUGGCCCACGACAAGCCUGGGGGUCAUCGUGACGCCGACGGUCAUCAUCGCGUACCAUUUGAAGAAGUCUUCACAGUUUAGAUCCGGAGCGGCAAAUACGAUCAAAGGUCUGUGUGCGUACAAGACAGCCAAUACCAAACAGCUGUCAACGCGAGACAGACAAGUGGUCAAAAUGCUGCUGGUCGUCAUCGGCGUGUACAUCGUCAACCUCUCCCCCCGGAUCAUCCACUACACCGUCAAGUACUUCAUCUACGAGUUCUACUUCCUGCGCCUCUACCACAACAUCUUCCUGUGCAUCACCUACAUCCUAGCGGUCUUUGACCUCACUCACGCCGCCAUCAAUCUCUUCAUAUUCUACCCCAUGAGUUCGGCGUUUAGGGACACUUUCUGGGAAAUAUUUCAUUGCUGUUCAAAGCUAGGAGUCCGUAAAAUAGACAAAUCGUAA